GCGGGGGCGGCCGAGGGGCCGGAGCCGGAGGCGGUGGAGAUGAGGCGAGUCUGAGCAACGAGCGCAGCGCCGGCGCCGAGCUCAGCCUGGAACACAGGCUUCCCGGACCUGUCGAGUCAGACCUCACGUGCACACCAGGAGAUCUAAGCAAGGCCACCUAACCAGCCGCGGCCUCCGAGCGCCGCGCAGAUGUGCGGGGAGCGGAAGGAGGUCGAAACCAGAGGGAGGGAGGAGAAAAUAGAGCGUGAGUGACAAUCAGACCUGAAUGAGAAUGAAUGGGAGCAGAUGAUGUGGCCCCCUCGCCCUGGGCACCCUCCGCCACGUGCUCACGCCCCCAGCGACCGCUCCCGGGGAGGCCUCUGAAGCUGCCGCAGGAAAAGACGACGGAGGAAUACGGAGCCUCAAGUUGGAGAGAACUCAGACCCGGCUACCACUUCCCCUGCUUUCUGAACUUUUCCUCUUGGUCUCCUGGGCUGGACUCGCAAGCAUUCCGCUACGUCUUGCACUACUACCGCACCGGCCGCCUGCACGUCAUGGAGCAGCUGUGCGCGCUCUCCUUCCUUCAGGAGAUCCAGUACUGGGGCAUCGACGAGCUCAGCAUCGACUCCUGCUGCAGGGACAGAUACUUCAGAAGAAAGGAGCUGAGUGAAACGUUAGACUUUAAGAAGGACACAGAAGACCAGGAAAGUCAACAUGAGAGUGAACAGGACUUCUCCCAAGGACCUUGUCCCACUGUCCGGCAGAAGCUCUGGAACAUCCUGGAGAAACCUGGAUCUUCCACAGCUGCUCGAAUCUUUGGGGUCAUCUCCAUCAUCUUUGUGGUGGUGUCCAUCGUCAACAUGGCCCUGAUGUCAGCUGAAUUAAGCUGGCUGGACCUGCAGCUGCUGGAAAUCCUGGAGUACGUGUGUAUUAGCUGGUUCACCGGGGAGUUUGUCCUCCGCUUCCUGUGCGUGCGGGACAGGUGCCGCUUCCUGAGAAAGGUGCCGAACAUCAUAGACCUCCUAGCCAUCUUGCCCUUCUACAUCACACUUCUGGUAGAGAGCCUGAGUGGGAGCCAGACGACACAGGAGCUGGAAAAUGUGGGACGCAUUGUGCAGGUGUUGAGGCUGCUCAGGGCUCUCCGCAUGCUAAAGCUGGGCAGACAUUCCACAGGAUUACGCUCCCUUGGGAUGACAAUCACCCAGUGUUACGAAGAAGUCGGCCUACUGCUCCUAUUUCUGUCUGUGGGAAUUUCUAUAUUUUCAACUGUGGAAUAUUUUGCUGAGCAAAGCAUUCCUGACACAACCUUCACAAGUGUCCCUUGUGCAUGGUGGUGGGCUACAACAUCCAUGACCACCGUGGGCUACGGGGACAUUAGACCAGACACCACCACGGGCAAAAUCGUGGCCUUCAUGUGUAUAUUAUCAGGAAUCCUUGUCUUGGCCUUGCCUAUCGCCAUUAUUAACGACCGCUUCUCCGCUUGCUACUUCACCUUAAAGCUGAAGGAAGCAGCCGUCAGACAGCGGGAAGCUCUGAAGAAACUCACCAAGAAUAUAGCCACCGAUUCCUAUAUCAGCGUUAACUUGAGGGAUGUCUAUGCCCGGAGCAUCAUGGAGAUGCUUCGGUUAAAAGGCAGAGAAAGGGCAAGUACUAGGAGCAGUGGGGGCGAUGAUUUCUGGUUUUGAAUUCACUUUCCAUUUAUGUACAAAAGCUUGUGUACAACUACACCCAACUGAUAAAGUCUUGACAUGGAUGUCUGUGUACUGUUGAAGAGUCUCUUUUGAGUAUCACCCGUGUUAGUUUUUACUGAUACAUUGCUUGGUCUGCUAGAAUAGUUCAUGCCCCCCAAACCAAGUGCACACUGAGUCUCACCACUGGUCAUUUAACACAACCCAAUACAAGGAGGCCAAAUGUUUGAAUCGUCAACUAGAAAUUAAGGGUGUAAUACAAACCACAAAGUUUAAAGCUUUACGUAUCACUGAUUUUAGAAGUUCUUUGCAUCACUAAUUUAAAGAGAAUGGGAGUUAAGCUGCGUAGCCCAGAGCAAAAAUAAGUGAAUAUUUAGGAACAUCCUGAACGACUUGGCUAUUUAAAGACCUUCUCCAAGUAAAUAAAUCAGUCCUUUCUCUAUCAGUUAAAGCUGUUAAAUACAACAAUUCUCUUUGCAAGCAAAAAUCCCCAUUUGACGGCCAUAGAUGGUGACCCUGUCUUCUCUCUGGUACAAACCCCUGUUCACAGAGGGACUAAGUUCUGAUUCCCAUUGUUACCAUCUGAAGUGGGAACCCCCAAACUGCUUAGCCCACAGCAGAAGACGCUGUAUAGAGACUUCGAGAACUGUGCCUUCUCAUCCUCCCCACUGAUUGCAUUCCUGUAGCCUACGUCAGGCGUCUUCCGCAUCCCUGGGAAAGCAGAGGGUCUUCAAAAAUCUCUUUAUUGAUGUGGUGUUCAAAUUGUCUUUAAAAUCACAAAUAUAAAAAUGUGAAGUAGUGAACAUCCUAAAUAUAGAUACUGAAAUUAUUACAUAGUCUUAUUUCAUAAAAUGAGAAUGAUAUGUUGAAUGAUACCACCGGUUGAACUGGAAGAUGUUUUAUUUUUUAACAAAAAAUAAUCAUAGCUCUCUGAGUGCUGGGGCAGGCAGCAAAUGUUCAGACUGCAUCCGUGAUAAUGAUAAAAUUCAUGGACAUUCUGUUAUAUGAUUAAAACCCAAAGUUCUACACCUAAGAAUUAGUUUAUGAUUCCCAAUAGUCUAGUGGAGGAGAUUUUAAAAACUAAUACCUGCAUUUUCAGUGUGUUUAAUAGUGCCUCCAAGGGGAUGAAAUUGGUUCUUGGGGGCAAAAAUAUCAGUCCCUUUAUUCAUAAAACAGAUAUAUACAUGCAGUACACGAACAGAUACAUAGAGUAUAUCUAUGGUGUUAAAAUCUCGUGGGGUGGAAAAUUAGAGGAAAAAAUGCCUUGGAGGCUCUUUGCCAGGGUUAGAUGGUGCUAAGAAAUACACAUUGAGAAAUACUGCUUUAAUAUAUGGCUACACCAUAGCUCACCAAGUCUAUUUAAAACACCCUAUUGUAUUAUGAACCACAAAAAAAGAGGUAAGGAAAAAAGGAAGAAAGGGAGGGAGAAGGAAGGAAGGGGAAGGGAGGGAGGAAAGAGGAGAGAAGCCAUUCAAUUAUAAGAGGCCAUCGAUUAUAAAAUGCAUCCAGAUUUUGGAUAUGUAAAAAUUUUAAAUAUGCAUCUUAAAUCAAUAAAAUAUCAUAUAUACUA